AGCGAUAGAAGUGAAAGAAACCUUAUCAAUAUUAUCUAAAUAGUUGAUAGGUAUUUAGCACGAAUCACGAAGGCAUUAGGUGGCAGUCACUCGACUAAAAAUGGCGACUUUGUAUUGCCCACAAAUUGACGUAAAACUUGCACGAAAUUUUGAAAAAUACGACAAAGCCAAUGCAAAUGGCGAGCUGCAUGUAUACAAUACUACAUCAAAGAACCGCGGAGUUGUGAAAAUUAUCAACAUUUAUAAAACAAAGCAUGAUGAUCCAAAAGAGCGAAGAGGCUCAGAAAUUGACGUUCAUAAUUUGGUAUCCCUAUUCGAGCAAAUGGGAUUUACCAUUGAUAUGGAUGAAAAGACUAAAACCCAAUCACCAUAUACAAAACAGGAUAUCAUCAAUAAUUUAACUGCGUUUGUUAAUAACAAAAAACUAAAAACCGCCGAUAGCGCGAUCCUCUUCAUCAUGGGUCAUGGAGGCAGAAAUUUACAUAAGAGAGAUUUCUUGAAAUUAGCCAAUAACGAAAAAAUUUAUUAUGAUGAAGUGUAUGAAUAUUUCAACAACUCCAACUGCAAAUAUAUGCAGAACAAACCAAAAAUGAUUUUCUCGCAAAUGUGCAGAGGAGAUGAGCCAGAUUCUGGUGUGUCUCUCUUCCAACAAGACGGGGCUUCAAGUUCCGGUCCAGUUAUGCCAAGCUUCACCGACUUGCUCAUUGCAAAUGCCACAGUUCCUGGCUUCGGUGCAAUGAGACUUACAAACGCUGGAAGUUUAUUCAUAAUCAGAUUGUGUGAGCAAUUUAUGACUUCAGCUCAUGAAGAAGACGUCGUUUCAAUGCUGGAUGCAGUAAACAAGAAGAUUUCCGAGGAACAAUUCUACAUAGAAACAAAUGUUGCUGUACAAGCGGCUGAACACACUAACAGAACAUUUGGAAAAUGUUAUCUUAAUCCUGGUAUAUAUCGAAAUGAUGAUAGAGUGGUUAGAUAUAUUAAAACUGAUGAAGAAGUGUCUGUCCAGCAAGUACAUGGUAAUCAGACCGCAAAUAAUCCAAAUAUUAACCCUAGGAAUGACGAGGAAAUGCGUUUAGACCGCAAAGGUUUUGAGCAAGCUGCUUAUAGAAACGCACCACAACCAGAGAUUAAUGCAGAACAUCGAGGAGGUGGUGGAGGUGGAGGCGGAGGUGGAGGCGGAGGAGGUGGAGGAGGAGGUGGAGGAGGAGGAGGUGGAGGUGGAGGAGGAGGAGGCGGUGGAGGAGGUGGAGGAGGAGGAGGCGGUGGAGGAGGUGGAGGAGGAGGAGGCGGUGGAGGAGGAGGAGGCGGAGGAGGUGGAGGAGGCAUUUGUUAA